AUAUUUCCUGACUCUUUUUUAUCGUAUGAAGAAAAUUACAAAUAAAGAUUACAAGGAAUGUACCAUUUGACCUUUUGGGACCACGUGACCCACACAAACAGCGAUGACCUCCCUCGUCGGCUCGCUGGUGGUAGCUAGCUAAACCGAUGCCAACGCUCCCAGGUAGCUGACGGCGUUGCGCACAAUGGAGCAGCCGAAACAAGAGCGGGACUAUGGGUACGAUCUAUUCCCGGGGAGGAACACGAGCCACAAGGGGUGGCUCACGCAGAGCCUCUUCACUUUCAACCACAAGUGUCAGGUCAUGUUGCAUCUAGCGACGGAAACGAGUCCGUACGCCAAGCUGCUCCUCAGUGCCAUGAGCAGCUCAGGGUGCAAAGUGUUAAAAGAUCGACAUUUCUCCUGUGAAGACUGCGACGGGACGGUCAGCGGGGGCUUCGACGCAAACUCCUCUCAAAUUGUUUUGUGCCAGAACAACAUCCACCAGCAGUCCCACAUGAACCGCGUGGUCACUCACGAGCUCAUUCACGCCUUUGACCACUGCCGCGCCCACGUGGACUGGUUCAACAACCUCAAGCACCUGGCCUGUUCUGAGAUUCGGGCGGCUAACCUCAGUGGAGACUGCACCUUCCACGCCGAGGUCUCCAGGUUCAACUUUGGCUUGAAGGAGCAUCAGCAGGCGUGCGUCCGAGGCCGCGCCGUCCGCUCCAUCCUCGCCGUGAGGAAGAGCAGCCCGGAGGAGGCGGAGAGAAUCGUGGACGAGGUGUUCGACACGUGUUUCAACGACCACGCGCCUUUCGGACGGAUCCCGCACGACAAGAGGGACGCCAGGUUCGCCAACAGAGCUUACGAGAACAGAGAUCGAUAUUACGCCAACCUCUAGUGCCGACGUCUUCUCGUUCAACUCCCAUGGGUGCUGCGCCGGGCGCCAUCGGGGGCCCGGGUCACAAGAGGAGCUCCGACUGACUCAACAAGCAUCACACCCCUCAGAAGGGAUUCAGAUCACGAUCAGAUCACGAUUCAGAUCGUGACUCAGAUCGUGACUCAGAUCGUGAGUCAGAUCGUGAUACAGUUCGUGACUCAGAUCGUGAUUCAGAUCGUGAUUCAGAUCGUGAUUCAGAUCGUGACUCAGAUCGUGAUUCAGAUCGUGACUCAGAUCGUGAUUCAGAUCGUGACUCAGAUCGUGACUCAGAUCGUGACUCAGAUCGUGACUCAGAUCGUGAUUCAGAUCGUGAUUCAGAUAUUGAUUCAGAUCGUGAUUCAGAUCG